CGUAAAUAUGGCCGAGACAUAACACGCAAGUUCUUGUGAUAAGUGUUUUGUUUGUCUAAUUUUUGACAAAAUAAACGUGUUUUGAAAGUAAAAUUCAUUCCUUUGUCGUUUAAAGUCUCUCGAUUAUUGAGAGCAAUAAGUGUUUCCAUUGAAAACCUAACCUCGUCGAGUGUAAUUUGAAUUCUCUCGCGAAUAAGAAUAAUAAUGCAGUGCCGAAACCGAAAGUCGUAGAAAGACAAUGUUAUUGUGUCUUCGUGUAAUUGUGAGAUUUCGAAUCGUGAUGGAGAAUUUGUCGUGAAAUUGUUUCUCUCGAGUUGUGGAAAAAUUGGACGAAAUGAUUGACAAGAAUAAAGUGGAAGAGGAUCGAAAUUGAAAAAAAGUGAAAUGUGUUUUUCAUGGCAAUGAGAGUGACGGUAGCAUCUUGUUGAAACGAUGGAGGCGGACAUCGACGUUGUUAAGGGGGAUGGGGGUGGCGAAACUGGGCCAGGAUGCUCCGGAUAUUCGAGCAUGGUCCACAGCAAGAAAGUCAUAAAACAUGCCCUUCGUCAGCAGGCGAAACGGCGGAGAAAAAACACAACGAUUGCAGCUGGGAAUUCUCGCACUUUGCCACGCAUUGUCGUCAAACCCUUGCCACCUCCGCCUCCCAACGAUCCACCCUCGCCUGUCAAUAAUUUACCGCAUAUUCACUCUGUUGUUGAGGAACCUGCUGCCACGAUGCGAGAAGUAUUAGCCAGUUUGCCAGGAUUCAGCUUGAAAUCGGGCCGAAGACGUUCUACGAAGAGGCUAUCGGCAGCAGCGCAACUGGAAGCAGGAUUAGUUGAUCUCGAAUCUCCGGCUAGUAUUCUCGCGAGUACGAGCUUGCGUGCUCUACUAAACAGGCACACGUUUCAAGGCCUUCCUCCUUUGUAUCAGAGAAAACUCGCCCAGUUGUUACCAUCAGUCGACAGACAGGAUGCCGCCAUCUCAGGGUUGAAUAACGAGUUUUUCGCGAGGGCCUGUCUGGAAUGGCGGAAGCGACUCGCGGAAGGAGAAUUCACACCUGAGAAUCAGCAGCGUUUGAAAAUGGAAGCGGAGAGAGACAAGAACAAAUUGGAUCCAUGGAAACUGAAGCAUUUCGAGCCGAUUUGGGGCGAGAAGCGAGAACCAAAAUUGAGAACAGGAUUCCACUGCACCGAGCCGCGAUCCGUUGGCGCUGUGACGCGCUCGAGUCUUCGUCUGCGGCCCGAAAUGAACGUGGACCAAGUGACACCGGAGAAUACCCGCUGCCUCACCACAGGCGCAGAGGAGAAAAUGGAACAAGUCAUUUGCGCCUCCGAGGCAAUCGUCGACGUCCCUGACAAUGUUCCCAGUGCUCAGGACAUUCAACAAAACUUACCCGAGUUCAACGUCACUGUACAAAUUUUGGAGGACGAGAAUCUAGAAACUGUUAAUGUAAAUAUAAAUCCCGAGGAAAUUACAAAAGAUUCCGUCGAAGAGCAAACGGAACAGAGUGAAAAUACCACCGAAACUCCCCAAGUUGAACAAAUUAAUCCCGAGUGUCAACAAGUAAGUCCAGAAGUGAGACGAAAAGGUCCAGAAUUACGACAGAAGAGCCAAGAGGCGAGAAAAAUAAUCGAGCAAGAAGUUAACGAGGAGCAAAUUGUCGAAACCGAAGAAAUCCACGAACCAGAGGAAGAAAUCUUACACACCAUCGAAAUUUCGCCCAACAGUGAAAUUUCCCAAAACGAAGAAAUCCCCCAGACUAUCGAGCUGCAAGUGCAGGAGGAAAUUCUCGACUGGGACAAAAUGCAGAAUAUUCAACAACCCAAUGAAGAAAUUGAGUGCUUGUCAGACGAAAUUUCACAAACAUCAGAGGAACUCUCUCAAACAUCAGAAGAGCAACAACCUCUUCAUCAAUUUAAUAAAGAAGAAUUCUCUCAACUCACCGCCGAGCAAAUUUAUCAACUCGAGUGCGAAAAUAAUUCUGCCUCACCUCAAGAUCUCAUCGCCGACGACAAUGAAAUGAUAAUCAAUCAACAAGUUCAUGAGAUGCAAAAUGAAAUUCACGAGAAUCGAGAAAUUCAUCAGGAGAUUCAUCAGGAGAUUCGUCAGGAGAUUCGUCAGGAGAUUCAUCAAGAGAUUCAUCAGGAUAUUCAUCAGGAUAUUCAUCACGACAUUAAUCAAGAAAUCCAUCAAGAAAUUCACCAAGAAGUUCAUCAGGAAAUUCAUCACGAAGUUCAUCAGGAAAUUCACCACGAAAUGAGUCAAGAGAUUCUUCAGGAGAUGAAUUCGGAAAUACAUCACGAGAUGCAUCCGGAAAUUCAUGAAAUCCAUCACGAGAUGCAUCGUGAAAUGAAUCACAAGAUACAACAGGAAAUGGAGCACGAGGUUCAGCAACAAAUGCAUCACGAAAUACAGCAGGAGUUGCGCAACGAUAUGCAGACGGAUUUGCAGACUGAAAUACAAUCGGACAUUCAAACUGACAUGCAAGGCUCGAAUGAAAAUUGCACAGACCCCGAAUCACAACUUCCAGAGGGAAUGGAAAUUGACAUUGAAACAUUGCAACGCAUUCACGAACUAGAAGUUCGCGGGGAAAUGAGAGGCGUCUAUGAAGAAAUGUCCGGAUGUCCGGAGGAAAUAAUAUAUCCGAUUUUGGAGGGAAUGGAAAUUGGUUCGACAGGGGAGGAGGAGACGGAGGCCUCCGUCAUCUCGGGACCCGUGGAGGAUGUUCAGGUCCAGGAGGUUGAACACCUUUCGGUUGGCAACGAAGACGAGGCCCUGCGAGAGGCAAACAAUUACGUUUGCUCCGAAAUGUUGGAAUGCAGCUGGGCUGUUGACCCAAAUGUCGGAGCCGUUAACAAUCCCAAUGCCAGAGCUCAGGAAGAAAUUCAAGUUUCAUUACCAUUGGUCACUUCACUCGACGGAUCUGUAGCCGCAAAUAUCACCGUAACCACUCACGACGAAACAUCAACGACCACCGACUCGACGAAUCCUUCUCAGUUCAUCACAUCCGAAGCCCACACGGAGCCCAUCAAUUGCAUUCAAUUGCCGGUGGUGCAAAGCACGCCCUUUCAGUCCGAAACCCUAGCGAUUGGCACGCCAGUCACGAACUGUCUGAUGAAGAACUUGCCCGCGCAAAGUUCGCCGAUAAUUGCAUUCCCGCAAUUGCAAUCGAUUCGAUUCCUGCAGACGAGCUUUCACUCGGGCCACGGAGCGCCGCAGAGCAUUACUGCGGCGAACGCGAUUCCCGCUCAGAUUCAGGCGCAACACAAUCCUCAGCAGCAAGUGAGUAUUGUGAGGCCUCACGAGGAAAUCGUCCAGAUUGGAACGCAGAACAAUGUCGUGCACAACACACUGCAAAAUGGCGUUCAACAAAAUCCGACGCCGGACAAUUUACAAACUGCGGUCACUGUCCAACAUCAGAAUCAUGGACCGAAUGCGAUUGUCAUUCAACAUCAAGCGCCAAUUGCGGCGCAGUCGAGACAAAUUGUCGCCACGCUGCAGUCGCAGCAGCCACAGCAACAGACGCAGCAAUAUCCGGUGGUGGCGGUGAGUUCGAGGCCCUCGAGAUCGACGCAGGGAGGACAGAGGUCGAGGGCUAGCAACAAGGAGCAGGGCGGAAGAGCGAGGAGCUCCACCAAGGAACCACCUGGGGCUGUUAAUUUGGAGCGCAGCUAUCAAAUUUGUCAAGCGGUCAUUCAAAGUUCACCAAAUCGAGAUCAAUUGAAAGCGCACUUGAAACCACCGCCCAGCUUACUGGCGAGAGGCGAUGGCGCUUUCACAACAACAAAAUCUGGAGGCAGAACAAUCACUACUGUUAAGACUCAAAAAUCUCAACAAUCGAACUCACAUAACAAGCAGACGAAAGGUCAAGCUGUUAUGCUGAGACAUGUUUUUACCACUGCUCGUCAAACGGCGCCUGCAGAGGUAAGAACUCUGCUUAAAAGAAAACGCUUGGCCAAUGAGACCAAUGCGGUGACACAAAUAAAUUCGAACGGCAACGGAGGACUCGGUCAGUAUAUUCUCGUGCAGAGAACGGGCGUCGGAGACAGCGCGCCUCGAGCGUCGUCGGCGCCACCCUUGCCGCCGCAGAUAGCGGGCAUGGGAGUCGGCGUGCACCUGGUGCGAGGAAGGCCGGCCAGCGCGGGCGAGGGAUCUCAUCAGGCCGUCACUCUGAAGGCGAGAGGGGCCCUGGACGGCCGGGGAGGCGGCGGCGCCGAACCUGGGGCGCCGGGCGUCAUCAUGGGCGGCGACCCACCUCCGCCCUGGGAAUGCAAUAUGCGAGGAGCGAUGGUCAUUUGUCGUCAAUGUGGUGCUUUCUGUCACGACGAUUGCAUUGGGCCUCAACGUAUUUGCGCUACUUGUCUCAUUCGUUGAUCAUUUUUCCUUAAUAAUGUAAACUCAUAUUCCAAACAAAACUUGGAAGCAGAGUGCCGGAUCAAUUUAUCGACUCAGUUUUUAUAUACUUUCAAUAUUAACUGUUAAGCUUUCGCCAAUAUUUUCAAUUGGGAAUCAUUAUUUUCCCUCAAAUUCUAUUUGUUCUUCGGCAAGAUGACACAGGCUUCGCACUCAUCUACUAAAACCUAGUAUUUACUACUUUUUUACGUUCUGCUUCUAUUUGGGCACUUUUUUAGAUUUCACCCACUAAAAGCUACUAUUUCUGUUUCUUUCUUUUUUUGAGA